AUACAAGCCAUCCAGCUGCAGCAGCUAGCCAGCUAGCAAAAUCAAUUCAUUAAAAAAUGACGAACGAGUUGCCGCCGCCGCCUCAGGCAGAGCUGGUUUUCAUCCCCAUCCCUGGCAGGGGCCACCUCCAGUCGACGGUGGAGAUGGCCAAGAUCCUAGUUGCCCGAAAUCCCAGCCUGUCCAUUACCCUUCUCACCAUGAGGCACCCUUUUGAUGAUCCGCGUCCGCCCAAUGAAGAAGAUCCCCACGACAGCGCCUCCUCCUCCGAUGCCCAAUCCCAGCUCUCUAAGGAUGCCCCCCAAAGAAUCCGGUUUGUGGAGCUUCCCCAGGAUGAAUCCACCGCCGGCCCGCAGAAGCCCAGGUCAGGCAAGGACUUCGCCAAGGUCAUUGCCGGUUACAAGAAUGCUGUCAGAGAUGCGGUCUCCAAGAUUAUUAGUGGUAAUCCCAACGUCAAGCUAGCAGGCUUUGUUAUCGACAUGUUCUGCACCCCCAUGAUCGACGUGGCUAACGAGUUCGGAGUCCCCACCUUCUUGUUUUUCACGUCCACCGCUGCCUUUCUGGGCCUCCUGUUCCAUUUCCAGGCUCUCCAAGAUCACCACAACCAGGAUUUUACCCUGUUCGUCGACCCGCAUCCUGAUUUAUCCGUUCCAUCUCUCUCCAGACCAAUCGCCGUCAAGUACUUGCCUUCAGUGAUGAUGGACAAGAACGGCGGAGCCGCCUUGGUCAUCAGCAUGAGCAGGAGGUUCAGAGAAACCAAAGGGAUUCUUCUCAACAGCUUCACAGAGCUAGAAUCCUAUGCCAUCCAGUCCCUGUCCCAAGACGACAGUAUCCCCAAAAUCUACCCCGUGGGACCCGUACUCAGCCUGGAGGUGGAGGGCGGCAAGACGGAUGUUCAACAGUACGAAGCCAUCAUGAGCUGGCUGGGCGAGCAACCGGAGUCUUCGGUGGUGUUUCUAUGCUUUGGGAGCAUGGGCCAUUUCGACAAGGAGCAGGUGUCAGAGAUAGCACACGCUCUGGAGCGCAGCGGGCACCGUUUCCUGUGGUCCUUGAGGCGGCCUCCGCCAAAGGACGCGCCGGGUUUCCCCACCGACUAUGAAGAGGACCUGAAGGAAGUGCUGCCGGAGGGGUUCAAGGGAGAGAUGGGGAAGGUGAUAGGGUGGGCGCCGCAGGUGGCGGUGCUGUCGCAUCCGGCGGUGGGAGGGUUCGUGUCGCACUGCGGUUGGAACUCGACCUUGGAGAGCCUGUGGUUUGGGGUGCCGAUGGCAGCGUGGCCGUUGUAUGCGGAGCAAAAACUGAACGCAUUCGAGUUGGUGAAGGAAUUGGAGGUGGCGGUGGAGAUAAAACUAGACUACAAGAGGGACUUCAUCACGAGGGAGACCACGGAGGUAGUGAGGGCGGAGGAGAUAGAGAGGGGAAUAAGGCAGCUGAUGGGUGAAGAUGAUGGCAGCACCAGCAGGCGGAGGCGGCAGAAGGUGAGGGAGAUGAGUGAAAAGAGCAGGAGCAGCGUCAGGGAGGGUGGCUCCUCGUACAAAUCUGUCGGACGCUUCAUUGAUGAUUUGCUUGUUUUGAUGAACAGCAGCUAGCCCCAAUAUUCCAAGAGACGAAAAUAAAUAACUACUAUAGCUAAUAUUACUCAUUUUUUUUUAUUUACUUGGGGGAUAUCCCGAAACAUGAAGUGAAUCUUUUUCUCUAAUGUAUCGUUGAUAAAUUUGAAUGUAAACGCACUCUAUACAUAUUUGGAGUUAAA